UUUGGAUACGGAUCUGGCCUUUUGCAAGCUCUUUUUUCUUACUUUUGCAUGCAUUGUCGUUUCGGGCAGAACAUGAAGGUGCGUGUACUGAUAUACGAACAGACCACCCGAAACUUGUGAAAGACCCCAACAACAAGGGGGCUUAUGACUUACAUCACAUACUGCCUUGUGCCUUUGCGAUCCUUAUGAGUCCCGUUAAAAGGAGGGCAUUUACAAACACAGUCCUCUGCAGCCAAGCCUCUGGAUCUGCCAGCGAGCCAUGACUCUGAGCUCUGAGAUGUCCGAUGCCUCUGUCCUUUCGGAAGAAACAGAUAUCGAUGUGGUCGGAGAAGGAGAAGACGGCGAUCCUCAGGGACGGUCCUUUGCGGACGAGGUGACCCAGAUGCAUGGCAAUAUCCUUUUGGGCGAAUCCACGCAGUGCGUGCUUGAUGGCUCUUCAUCCAGGGACUCUUACAGACCAGCUAGCAAAAACACCUUGGUAAAACCCCCUUAUUCGUACAUUGCCUUAAUUACAAUGGCCAUCCUGCAAAGUCCCAAAAAGAGACUCACGCUAAGUGAAAUUUGUGAUUUUAUCAGCAACCGCUUUCCUUACUACAGAGAGAAGUUCCCUGCUUGGCAAAACUCCAUCAGGCACAACCUAUCCUUAAACGACUGCUUCGUCAAAAUACCCAGGGAACCAGGCAAUCCAGGAAAGGGGAAUUACUGGACCUUGGACCCCGAGUCUGCGGACAUGUUUGACAACGGCAGCUUUUUACGCAGGAGAAAGCGCUUUAAAAGACAGCAAGCUCCCGACCUUCUGAGGGAUCACACUAAUUUUAUUCCAGCGGCGGCGUACGGUUAUGGCCCCUACGCCUGCGGAUACGGCAUUCAGCUUCAGCCUUACCAUCCACACUCGGCUCUUCUGGCUUUUCAGCAACAGCAGCACCACCACCAGUCGAGACUGUCACACGCUGCAAGGAUGAUCUCUUCGCCUUCUUUAUUGCCUACUACCACGGAAGUGACAAGGACCCGCUUCUACCCGCAACUCAGCUCCAACUUGCCUUCCUCCAUACAGACUGUUACGAAACCCCGAUCGUCUGUGCAGAGAUCACCGUUUUCAAUCGAGAGCAUCAUAGGCUGUACCCUCAGCCCGGUCACGCCGAGAUCGUCUCCAUCGACUCUGUCCCCUCCGGUAGUGCCAUCGGCACAUACUGGUGCUGCCCUGCACGCUGUACCGGACUUUACAAAUAGGAUUUCCAGCGGUAAUGGUUGUUAAUCGUAAAAAAACAAGUAAGCAAAAGAAAAGAAUAAGAAGUAAAAAAACAAAACAAACAAAAAAAAAAAACAAAACAAAAAACCUUCACAGAAGGUAGGAUUAUUUUUGUACGUUUUAUAUGUAUGCAGCUGAAUUACGGACAUAAGAAGAAAUAAUCUAUUUCAGCCUUCGUGCAAAACUGUAUUGCAUAUAAUUAUAUAUUUAUGUAUAACUUGUUUUUAGCCGAGAACAGAUUUGUUCCCUUAUUCACAAUUUUUAUCGAUAUCUUCCUUAAUGCAAAAUAAAUCACAUCCCCUAUAUAGUAAAAAGCCACAAAUGUUUUUACGGUUUCUCAGGAUGAGGGAUUUGCUAUUAUUAUUAUUACUACUACUAUAAUUGCAGACUUUUAUACGAUACCACGAAUUGUCGCUAGUCAAGAAACUUGAGACGUCUUUUCACGCUUUAAAUUGUGUGCAAGAAAACUCGUUAAAUUAAGUUACAUAUUUUUUAAAAACAAUUCUCCAGUGUUAAUGAAACAAGCACUGGUUUCAAAUAAAUCGAUUUUCUAACGAUAUGUACUUCUUUACAGUUACAAUGUUAAAUCAUGGACAGAUAUUGUAUUAAUGAAGUGUAAUAUUUUUACACAUUUUUCCAUAAAAUAAAUAUUAUUUUG